UCACCGAGUUUCGCCCGCCAUGGCCCGGGGCCCCAAGAAGCACUUGAAGCGUUUUACAGCGCCUAAACAUUGGAUGCUCGACAAACUAACGGGUGUUUUUGCGCCUCGUCCAUCAACAGGUCCUCACAAGCUGAGAGAAUGUCUGCCCCUCAUAAUCUUCCUCAGGAAUAGACUCAAGUAUGCCUUGACUGGAGAUGAGGUAAAGAAAAUAUGUAUGCAGCGUUUCAUCAGAAUCGACAGCAAGAUCCGAACUGACAUCACAUACCCUACUGGAUUCAUGGAUGUCAUCAGCAUCGAGAAGACAGGUGAGCAUUUCCGCCUGAUCUAUGACACCAAAGGCCGUUUUGCUGUUCAUCGCAUCAGAGCUGAAGAAGCAAAGUACAAGCUGUGCAAAGUGAGAAAGAUACUUGUUGGUACAAAGGGAAUCGCACACCUCGUGACUCAUGAUGCUCGAACCAUCCGUUACCCAGAUCCUCUCAUCAAGGUGAAUGACACCGUCAUGAUUGAUUUAGGAACCGGGAAGAUAAUCGACUUCAUCAGAUUUGACACUGGUAAUGUGUGCAUGGUGAUCGGUGGAGCCAAUCUUGGCCGUGUUUGUAUAAUCACCAACAGAGAAAGACACCCUGGUUCCUUUGAUGUUGUGCAUGUGAAGGAUGCCAAUGGCAACAGCUUUGCCACAAGACUUUCCAACAUUUUUGUCAUUGGCAAAGGUAAUAAGCCUUGGAUUUCCCUACCCAGAGGAAAGGGCAUUCGACUCACCAUCGCUGAAGAGAGAGACCGGAGACUGACAGCAAAACAGAGCAGCACCUAAACUGCAGUAGAAUUGUGUUUCUCUGAUCAAAUAAACAG